AUGAACCUCCUCAUAAUCCUCGCUUGCGUCACGACAGCGAUAGCGACCAACGCGACCGAAACCGUAACGUCUACUGAGCCACCGAAAAAUUCGACCAAAGAAAUCCUUACAGCGAGUGAAACAGCUGACCCUACUAAAGUUGAAAUAGUUAAACAGAUACGCAGAUUAAACGAAGACGGAUCAUACACGAUAGGCUAUGAAGCGAACGAUGGAACGUUCAAGAUUGAAAGUCGAGAUGUUUUGGGGAAUGUCAAAGGUACUUUCGGAUAUAUAGACGAUGAUGGUGAAAUUAAACGUGUUACAUACUCCUCGUCGGGUGAUAGUACCCCGGUACCGGUUUCGACGAGUACGACGUCAAGUACGCCGACAAUGAUAGUGAGGGUCAAUAAAACUGUGUCGUCAACUACUCGGAGACCUCUAGCUACAGUCGUUUAUCCAACAAGAAGCAGUGCAACUACAAGAGGUACUGUUAUACAACCGAUACCCAGACGCCGUCCAGCAUCGAGCACUACCCGAAUCACGACAGAAACGUCAACUGAGAAACAUAUUCACGAUGAAACAACAGCAGAUACUUUAAACUCUCAUAGAAAAGAAGACGUAAUUAAAACUAGGACGCAGUUAUCAAAGCCAGUGCCGGUGACAGUGAAAGACGAUCUUAUUACAAAACAAACCACAACCACCUCACCGCAAACAUUGAAGCCGGUUUACGAGCAUGUCACUGAAAAUGAACCCGAUGUUAAUAAAUCAAACACCAUUAGACGUGAAUUACCUGGGACCAGCUCCAAUCAUCACAUGGUGAGUCUACAACAGUCUAUGGGAGAUGAUUCGACUGAUGUGUAUGGGGGUCAUCUGUCACACGGCACAGUGAGACCUCUAUUUACGACUACAACAGCGCGACCUAGAAUUUUACCCAUUCACUCUUUACUAGCAGCUAGACAAAAGAUUCAACAGCAGUACCAAGAAACGCAACUGGAUGAUCAGGAAACAACUUUAGAAGCAAGCACUGGUCGAGUAUUUAACCAUGAAAAUGCCGUAACUUCAAACCCAGUUCCAGUAAUUCAUAUUCCAGCUCAAAGGCCACCUGAAGAAAGGGUUUAUCAGCAUCCUAUAUAUCAUAGACCUUCCGCAAUUCACUUUAGAACACAAGAAUAUUUGAGAGAUAAUCCUGGAGCGCCAAUUCCGAUCGGUAAUCAGCGGCCCUUUCUCCAAUACGAAUACCAGGAUAAAGUAUUGGACCCGCAGUACGUAAAGGAACCGUCCCAAUCGAAAGCAAGUUCUGUUCAAGACGCAGCAUACGAAUUAAGGCCAGUACCUAGAAUAGUCCAAAUACCAGUUGAUGAGAGAGGUAUUCCCAUUCAAGGGUAUGAGCCAAGGUUUGUGAACCCGUACCGCCCGCAGCCAUUGUUUCAAAGAUAUGAUCCAGUGAGUGACACGAAUUCCAUACAAGCACCUGUUAGUACUCGUGAUUUUAAACGCUUACUUCACAUUCUGAUAAUGAGACAGAAUCGCUUGCAAGCGAUAAUGGAUCAGAUCAUGCCGGGACCACUUUACCAGUCACCUUCUUACCGACACGAAGCUUACCAGCAACACCGUCGUUACCAGGAUGAAGACAGGUAUGAUUACAGAUACGAUCCUCAAUAUAGGCAAGACCAACAACAAGAAGUGUACUCCAACCAAGUGUCUUCUUACGAGGAUCCCCAAUACGAGAGUCAGAGGUACGUUCCGCGAAGGAGAUACUCACGUCCCUACGAUUCUCAAGGUUCAGCUUCGAAUCACAUAGAUGAGCCAGUUGAGUAUCUUCCUGUAGAAGUGAGGGAAGCUCUGCUUCUAAAGAUGCUCCUACUGGCCAUCAGUCCAGAUUACAUGCCAACGACGCCACCAGCGACAGAGCUGACGACCGCGGCGCCAACUCGGAAGCAGGUGAGAAAUGUUCAAAUACUUGGAGAAGAAAAUACGAAAAGCACACAAACAACAAAACGAAAUCGCUAACUACCUAAGUAGACACAAAAGUAUUAAUCUUAAUGUUUCAAAUGUGAAUAUAAUAUACAUAGAUUAUAGAUAUGUUUUUAUAAUGUAGAUAAACAUUUUUUAUAAUAAUAAAUUUAUUU